AUGGUGGAUAUUAGAAUCGAUAAGAAUUUAUUUCAGGAACGAUUAUCGCAUUUUAUAUCGGCUUGGAAAGCUGAUAAGAGAGGAGGCGACGCGGUUUUCAAUGGCGCAAAUAGUAUCUUGGUGUUGAUGGGCAAGACUGAGGAUGUGGCAAGCUUUCAGAAGAAUAAUGCGAUUCAUUUUUGGUUAUUAGGCUACGAGUUUCCAGCAACGCUAUUCCUUUUCACAGUUGAUACUCUAUACAUUGUGACGACGGCAAAGAAAGCGAAACAUUUGGAACCUCUGAAAGGUGGAAAGAUCCCACUCGAAGUCUUGGUCAGAGGCAAAGAUGCGGCAGCCAACGAGAAGCUCUUCACAAAGAUUACAGAUGUCAUCAAGUCAUCGGGGAAAAAAGUUGGAAUUUUACCAAAAGAUACAUCCAAUGGGCCUUUUAUCGAUGAGUGGAAAAAAGCCUAUUCCGAGCUAAAGGAUGUGGAAGAAGUAGAUAUUGCGCCGGCUUUAUCUUCUGCAGCUUUGGCAGUGAAAGAUGAGAAUGAACUGCGCGCUAUGCGAAAUUCAUCAAAAGCAUGUACUGCACUGAUGAACCCAUAUUUCGUCGAGGAAAUGUCAGGUAUUCUAGAUGAGGAGAAAAAGGUCAAGCACAGCGCCUUGGCCAAUAAAGUGGAUGGCAAGUUGGACGACGCCAGAUUUUGGACUUCCGUCGAACUUCCUAACAAACAAAAAAUGCCCAGCGACUUCGAUUCCUCACAAUUGGACUGGACACAUGGCCCUAUCAUUCAGAGUGGUGGAAAGUACGACUUGAAGAUGAGUGCCCAGGUCGAUGAUGAGUUGUUACAUGCUGGUGUGAUCAUUUGUUCUAUGGGUCUCCGAUACAAGACUUACUGUUCCUUGAUUGGCCGAACUUAUCUUGUCGACCCAAAUAGAUCCCAGGAGAGCAACUACAAGUUUCUAUUACAGGUUCACAAUCUUGUCAUGAAGGAAAUUCGCGAUGGUGCCCAUGUCAAGGAUAUUUACGCCAAGGCUUUAGCUCUCAUCAGAACGAAGAAGCCUGAGUUGGAGAAGCAUUUCUCAAAGAAUGUUGGAGCUGGUAUUGGUAUCGAAACGCGAGACCCCACCCUACUUCUUAAUGCCAAGAGCAAUCGUAUCCUGAAGGACGGAAUGACCCUCUGCGUCACUACUGGAUUCAAUGACAUUGAGAACAAGGAUCCUCAAGAUAAGAAGAGCAAAAUUUACUCUUUAGUAUUAUCGGAUACUGUUCGUGUGACUCAAGCGGAACCAGUUAUUUUUACUGGCGAUGCACCCUCGGAACUCGAUGCGACCUCAUUCUUUUUCAAGGAUGAAGAAGAUGAGCCUGCACCAGAGCCUAAAGUCAGCAAGGCAAAGAAGGAUUCGAGCGUUGGGGCUGUUGCAACCAAAAACAUCACCAAGACAAAACUACGGGCUGAGCGGACAACUCAGGUUGAUGAGGGUGCUGAAGCCAGACGCCGUGAGCAUCAAAAAGAGCUCGCGAGGAGGAAACAUUUAGAGGGUCUUGCAAGGUUCGCUGAAGCUACUGGUGACCAAAACGGUGUCGCCGUUAAGAAAUUCAAGAGAUUUGAAUCUUACAAGCGCGAGAAUCAAUUCCCUCCCAAGAUCCGGGAUCUCGCCAUUGUCAUGGACGCGAAGAACUCAACAAUUGUCUUGCCUAUUAUGGGCCGCCCGGUACCGUUCCACAUUCAAACUAUCAAGAAUGCAAGCAAGAGUGACGAAGGUGAAUUCUCAUACCUUCGAAUCAACUUCUUGUCUCCUGGUCAAGGUGUUGGGAGAAAGGAUGAUCAACCUUUCGAGGAUGCUUCAGCGCACUUUGUUAGAAGUUUGACAUUCAGAUCUCAUGAUGGAGAUAGAUUUCAAGAAAUUGCCAAUCAAAUUGGUAACAUGAAGAAAGAUGCUGUUAAGCGUGAACAAGAGAAAAAGGAUAUGGAAGAUGUUGUUGAACAGGACAAACUGGUUGAGAUCCGAAAUCGCCGACCAAUUGUUAUGGAUAAUGUCUUCAUUCGUCCAGCUAUGGAUGGUAAACGUGUACCAGGAAAGGUCGAAAUUCAUCAAAAUGGCCUUCGAUAUCAAUCCCCCCUAAAUCUUCAACACCGAGUCGACAUCCUCUUCAGUAAUGUCAAACAUCUUUUCUUCCAACCUUGUGAUCAUGAAUUGAUAGUUAUCAUUCAUGUACAUCUUAAGGAUCCAAUUUUGAUUGGCAAGAAAAAGACCAAGGAUGUUCAAUUCUAUCGCGAAGCUACUGACAUUCAGUUUGAUGAGACUGGAAACCGGAAGCGAAAGUAUAGAUAUGGUGAUGAGGAAGAAUUUGAAGCAGAACAAGAAGAACGAAGACGUCGCGCUGACCUCGAUCGUCAAUUUAAAGCAUUUGCGGAAAAGAUUGCCGACGCUGGUAAGAAUGAGAACGUCGAUGUUGACGUACCUUUCCGUGAACUAGGUUUCAAUGGUGUGCCAUUUAGAUCAAGCGUUUUCUGUCAACCCUCGACAGACUGUUUGGUUCAACUCACCGAACCACCUUUCAUGGUCAUCACUCUUGAGGAUAUUGAAAUCGCUCAUCUUGAACGUGUUCAAUUCGGACUUAAGAACUUUGAUAUGGUAUUUGUCUUCAAGGAUUUCCAUCGUGCUCCUUACCAUAUCAAUACCAUUCCUAUGGAAUCAAUCGAAAAUGUUAAGGAAUGGUUAGAUUCCGUUAAUAUUCCAUUUUCCGAAGGACCUCUUAACUUAAAUUGGCCAACCAUUAUGAAGACGGUAACAGCAGAUCCACAUGGAUUCUUUGCCGACGGUGGAUGGGCUUUCUUGGCAACCGAAUCUGAUGAUGAAGGCGGCGAUGAAGAAGAUGAGGAGUCAGCAUUUGAGAUUAGUGAUAGCGAAAUGGCUGCGAGUGAAGAAAGCUCGGAAGAAGAUAGCGAUUUCGAUAGUAAUGCAAGUGAUGACGAAGGAGAAGAGGAUAGUGAGGGAGAAAGUGAAGGUGAAGAUUGGGAUGAAUUGGAGAAGAAGGCUAAGAGAAAGGAUAUGGAAAGUGGAUUGGAGGAUGAAGAAGAAGCGCCCAAGAAAAAGAGAAAGCAUUAA